GUCGUCCUCCCUGGCUGUGGUGGCCGUGUCCUUCUCCGGGCUCUUCACUGUCAUCGCCCUCAUGCUGGCCUGUCUGUGUUGUAAGAAGGGCGGCAUCGGGUUCAAGGUGAGGCCUGGGGGGUCCGAGGCGGGUGGACGGGAUCCCGAGGGCCGGGCCCUCUUGUGCCCACGCAGCGCUGGCUUCCUUCCUUCCUGGGGUCACCUGCAGGCCACACAGACCUGGGACCCCACAGCUUCCCUGGGGGCCGCCGAUGGGAGGGGCCUGCAGGCUUUUGGGGACCCCCGCCCACUACCUCCCGCACUUUGGGUGCCCCGUGCGGGCCCGGCCCCAUGCUGUGGGAUCCCGGCUCGGGGCCCGGCCUCAGCGCCGUGUGCAGGUUGGGCGCCCUGGGACAGUGAGGAGGGGCCUCGCGGGCGGCCGGGGGGGUCCUGAGCACCGUGGGAGGGGACUCGCUUCCCCGGGGGCCCCUGGCUUCCCGGGGAGAAAGUGCCCCCAGCCCCUCAAGCCCUGAUCGUGGGACCCAGCAAUGAGAAACCACAGCAGCCCGCACACGCUUCCCGCGCACCAGGACCCCCCGGCCAGCUGGAAUCGCCGUCCUUGGGGCCCCCGGGCCCCCACAGGGAGGGGCUGGGUGCUGGAGGUCGGGGCGACCGCGCGGCAGUAGCCAGCGCUGCUGUUCACGGAGCGUCAGCCAGACGCACGGCCCUGGCCUCUCGAAGGCCGCCCCCAGGGUCACUUCCAGGGAGCCUGGGCCGUUGUCAGCGCCGAGGCCCCCGGGAUGUGGCCGGGGGCUCCCCGGGGAGCUGCUGGGGGAGGGAGGACCAGGCGGAGGAGCUGGCGGCCCAGAACCGCCCAGAACCCCGACCGGAGGCUCCUACCCCGGCCGCCUGGGCUGGAGGCAGUUCCCGGGCCUGGCGGCUUUAGGAGGGGACCGGCCAUGCACGUCCCCGCUAAGCAGCCCGCACAGCAGCCGCGACGCCCCCGUUGAGAGAGACGGCACCCCUGCCACGUAGGCCGUGGCGCCGGAGGCCCCGUGGGGGCUGCGCACCUGUCUGGCGAGGACGAGGAGGUGCCUUUCACCCAGCCGCCCUCCCGGGUCCCCCAGUGCCCCCGUGGCCGGGCUGUGCCCUGGCAGCUGCGGGGUCCGUGCCCCUGCCCGCGCUCCCUCGCAGCGCUCUGGGCAGGAUCCUGGAGCCGCGAGGCCGUGGGGGUGGGAGUGGGGGGCCCGUAGAGGUCAGCCCCUCCCCAGGGCACGGGGGGAACAAGGCCCCAAACAAAGGCCAGCCUCGGCCCCUCCCACCCGUGCUCUCCUCACUUCCUGGGGAACAUGGUGCCCAGAACAUUCCGGCCCCAGUGCGCCUCGGUGGGCGGGCCUGCCUGCACGGGGACUCCCGCCUGGUCUCUGGGGGCCCGGGGCUGGGCACCCCCGUGGAGCUUGCAGGGAGCAGGGGCCGGGAGGAGAUGCUCACGCUGUCCUAUGUGAUCGCCUGCUCUGCUGGCACCAUCCGGCGGGCUGCCAGGCGGCACCGUCAGGAGUUUGAGAAUGCCGAGGGGGAGGAGUACGCCGCGGGCUUCUCGGCACAGGGGUCCCCUGCGACAGGGGCUCAGAACGGCCCAGACGUGUACGUCCUGCCACUCACCGAGGUCUCCCUGCCCAUGGCCAAGCAGCCGGGGCGCUCAGUGCAGCUGCUCAAGUCCACGGACCUCGGCCGCCACAGCCUCCUGUACCUGGAGGAGGUUGGCCACGGCUGGUUCGGGAAGGUGUUCCUCGGGGAGGUGAACUCGGGCAUCAGCAGCACCCAGGUGGUGGUGAAGGAGCUGAAGGCGAGCGCCAGCGUGCAGGAGCAGAUGCAGUUCCUGGAGGAGGCUCAGCCCUACAGGGCCCUGCAGCACAGCAACCUGCUCCAGUGCCUGGCCCAGUGCGCGGAGGUGACGCCCUACCUGCUGGUGAUGGAGUUCUGCCCCAUGGGGGACCUCAAGGGGUAUCUGCGGAGCUGCCGGGUGGCAGAGUCUAUGGCACCUGACCCCCUGACCCUGCAGCGCAUGGCCUGUGAGGUGGCCUGUGGGGUCCUACACCUGCAUCGCAACAACUACGUGCACAGCGACCUGGCCCUGAGGAACUGCCUGCUUGCGGCCGACCUGACGGUGAAGAUCGGCGACUACGGCCUGUCCCACGGCAAAUACAGAGAGGACUACUUCGUGACCGCCGACCAGCUGUGGGUGCCGCUGCGCUGGAUCGCACCCGAGCUGGUGGACGAGGUUCACUGCAACCUGCUGGUGGUGGACCAGACCAAGGCCAGCAACGUGUGGUCCCUGGGCGUGACCAUCUGGGAGCUCUUCGAGCUGGGCGCGCAGCCCUACCCGCACCACUCGGACCGGCAGGUGCUGGCUUACGCUGUCCGGGAGCAGCAGCUCAAGCUCCCCAAGCCCCAGCUGCAGCUGACUCUGUCUGACCGCUGGUACGAGGUGAUGCAGUUCUGUUGGCUGCAGCCUGAGCAGCGGCCCACGGCCGAGGAGGUGCACCUGCUGCUGUCGUACCUCUGCGCCAAGGGCGCCACUGAGGCGGAGGAGGAGUUUGAGCGGCGCUGGCGCUCCCUGCGGCCGGGUGGGGGUGGCGGGGGCCCCGGGCUGGCCGGCCUGGCUCUGGGGGGCGCGGGCGAGCUCGCGGCCGCCUCAUCCUUCCCGCUGCUGGAACAGUUCGCGGGCGACGGCUUCCACGCGGAUGGGGAUGACGUGCUGACCGUGACCGAGACCAGCCGCGGCCUCAACUUCGAGUACAAGUGGGAAGCGGGCCGCGGCGCCGAGGCCUUCCCCCUGCCCGGGGGUGCGGGGAGCCCCGGCCGCACCGCGCGUCUGCAGGAGCUCUGUGCCCCCGACGGUGCGCCCCCCGGCGUGGUGCCCGUGCUCAGUGCGCACAGCCCCUCGGUGGGUAGCGAGUACUUCAUCCGGCUGGAGGAGCCCACACCUGCCGCCGGCCACGAGCCUGACUGCGCCGGCUGCACCCCCAGCCCCCACUCCGCAGACCUGCUCCCCGACGCCGGUGACCAGGACAAUGACUCGGAGGGCAGCACUGCUGCCUCGUUGGCCAUGGAGCCGCUGUUGGGCCACGAGCCGCCCGCCGAGGGGUCCUGGGGCCACUGUGACUACUACGGGCGGGGGAGCCAUGCCCGAGACCCGCCCUGCCCGCUGGGCUCACCGUCACCGGGGACCCUCGGGUUGGCGCAGCCUGGGGAGGACACCGACUGGGGCGCAGCUGCCUUCUGCCCACCCUUCUUGGAGGACCAACUGGGCACGUCCCCCUCGGGGAGCUCUGGGGCUCGGCCGUCCCCGGGUGGGGAGGAGGUGGGGGAGGCCGAGGCAUGCAGGGCCGCCCAGCUCAGGCACUGGAGUUCCAACGUGUCUGCCAAUAACAACAGCGGCAGCCAAGCACCAGGCCCCUGGGCCCCGGGAUGUGUGGGGGGCUGCAUGGGCUGCUGCCCCGGCGCAGAACACGCCCUACAGGCUGUCCCCGAGCUGGCACGUCCCCUGGCCCUGGAGGACGCCAGAGAGCCUCUCCUUGGGCCGCAGGGGGCCUCCUCCGGCCUGGAGCUAGGCCGCUGCCUUGGCCCCCCUCAUCUGUGUCCUGCUGGGGUCCUGGCGCCUGCCACCUGCCUGGUGACCUCGUCCUGGAUACAGGGGGGUGUGGGCUGGGGUGACAGCCCCCAGACAGAGCCCAGGCUUGCUGAGGAGGCUGAGGGCCCCAGCAGAGCUCAGCGACCCCUUCCCUCCAUCCCAGCCCCAUCCCAAGAGGGAGCCCCGCUGCCCGCCGAGGAGGCCGGUGCCCUCGCGACCCUGCCUGCCUUGCCCCUGCCUGCUGGCAGCUGGGAGACUGCCCCUGAGGUAGCCCCGAGCCCGGAGAGCCGCACUGGUUCCCCUGGGCUGGAGGCGCCAGUCAGCGAGGAUGAGGACACAACAGAGGCCACUUCCGGCGUCUUCACGGACUUGUCCAGCGACGGCCCGCCUGCAGGGAAGCCAGACGUGACGCUGGCCUUCCGCUCCCUGCAGAAGCAGGUGGGGACCCCUGACUCCGUAGACUCCCUGGAUAUCCCAUCUUCUGCCAGCGACGGCGGUGGCUGCGAGGUCUUCAGCCCGUCGGUCACUGGCACUCCCGGCGGGCAGCCCCGAGCCCUGGACAGUGGCUAUGACACGGAGAACUAUGAGUCCCCGGAGUUCGUGCUCAAGGAGGCACACGAGCCGUGUGAGCCCGAGGCCUUUGGGGAGCUGGUCUCCGAGGGUGAGAGCCCCGGGCCCGAGACUCAGCUCCCCACCUCCCCCGGCGGCCUUGGGGAGAAGAACCCCUACCGUGACUCAGCCUACUUUUCGGACCUCGACACAGAUCCCGAGGCCACCUCGGGCCCCCCGGAGAAGGGAGGAGGUGCCCUGGCCUCCAGGCUAGAACUGGAUCUGGAGAGCCCUGGGCUGCAGUCUGCACAGCCCUCGCCUGAGUCUGGGGUGCCCGGGGGGACACAGGGCCCUGGCCCCAGGGAGGGGCCGCCCCUGCGACUGCUGCCGCCGGAGGACGCGUGUCCGGAGCCGAGCACCUGCCCGGAGAGCCCCAGACUGGAGCCUCCCUGGGCUCCAGGGCUCAGCCCCGGGCGCCCCAAGGUUUUCCAGCUGACCCCAGUCCCGCUGAGCUCCGAGAGCCCCCGCCCUGACCUCCAGGAGGCCCAGCAGGGACGGCCGGGGGGCCGCGGCGCCCCCAGGACCCCGCUCUGCUUGGCCUUGCCCGCACUGCCCGCGGCCGCGGAGGGCCGGCCGGAGGAGGAGGAGGAGGACAGCGAGGACAGCGACGAGUCCGACGAGGAGCUGCGCUGCUACAGCAUCCAGGAGCCCAGCGAGGACAGCGAGGAGGAGGCGCCCGCGGUGCCCGUGGUGGUGGCCGAGAGCCAGGGCGCGCGCAAGCUGCGCAGUCUGCUCAAGAUGCCCAGCCUGCUGUCCGAGGCCUUCUGCGAGGACCUGGAGCGCAAGAAGAAAGCCGUGUCCUUCUUCGACGACGUCACCGUCUACCUCUUCGACCAGGAGAGCCCCACUCGGGAGCUCGGGGAGCCCUUCCCCGGCGCCAAGGAGUCGCCCCCCGCCUUCCCGGCGGGCCCGCACGCCCCCGGCGCCCCCGGCCGGCCCCCGCGGGCCGCCCCCGCCCCCGACGGCUCCGCGGCAGAAGAGGGCGGCGGGCUGGCGGGGGGAGACGGCUUCCCGCGGGGCGCGGUCCCGGAGGCCGCCCCGCCCGCCGCCCCGCCCGCCGCGCCCCCCAAGCCGGCGGCGCCCGGCCCGUUGUCGCGCUUCACCGUGUCGCCCGCGCCCGCGUCCCGCUUCUCCAUCACGCACGUCUCGGACUCGGACGCCGGGCCCGUGGGAGGCCCGGUGGCAGGUGCUGGGGGCAGCUGUGAGGAGGCUUGAGCCCCUGCUGGUCCCGCUCCAGGCAGCGGCGAGGACGGUGGUCGGCGGCCGGCACCCCCCCGGCACCCACGCGGCGCUCUGGAGGAGCGGGGCAG